AUGUCUCAAUCGCAGAACGACGCGCGUCUCGAUGAGCUCGCUGGCAAAGUCUCUGCCCUGCGCGGCGUGACCAUCGACAUUAAUCGUCAAGCGGCCGACCAUUCUUUCAUCGACGCCAACGCCGAACGCUUCAGCAACUUCUCCACAAGCAUCAAAGCCACAGCCAACAAGCUCGGUCGUGUCGCCUCUACCAAUGGCUUCAAAUGGCAGCUCAAAGCAAGCGCUUGUGUCGUCGGUGCUGUCCUUGCGCUCUACUUUCUCUGGGGACUCAUCUUUUAA